UCUCUCAUCACUCUUCUGCAUGUACAUACUGUGCUUGUGUGUUAGACACCUUCAGCAUUAUCUAUUUCUUGUUUCUCGUGCAACAUGUGCCUCAUACAUGAUGCAGAGUUGCUGUAUGUAAGCUGUGCUUCAUGAAAAUCUGGCGCCUCUAUGACAAUGGGCAAACAUCCUGCAUCGCUUGAGUAGUAGAUUGUGGUUUCAUGAAAUCCCAAUUUGAUGCCUAUUGCAAUUUUUAUCACAUUGUUAUUAUCACCACAACAGCUCAAAAAACAAAGAUAUGAUGAUGGCCUGAAGUUGAUAGCGCGAGACGUCUCGCUCGCUUGCUCAGUCACUGGAUGAAUCGAGCGAGACCAGCUGAAAUGGCACCUUUGAAGAUGCAUUAUUAUUUUUACCAUCAUGUUCUGGCUCGCGCCUGCCGGGUUCGACCUACUCUUCGUCUUGGAUUUGUGCUUGUCUUUGCAAUCCUCGCUUCCGAGCUGCUUAGCUAUGGUAAUUGUGCACCGACUGGAACUGAUUAUCAGCCAUCUUUCCGUGGCGGUGGGUUCUGUCUUGUGGAUAAUAACGCGUGCCAAAAAGAGGAUGGUGAAUUUUUGGAGUCGCCAAGUCAGGUCUUCAAUCAAUUGGGGUGUCAGCAAAGGUGCCAUGAGCACGCCACAUGUGAAUGGUGGACUUGGUAUGAAGCGCAAGAAUGGGAUUCAUCAACUCGAGGGGUCUGCCAUUUAUUCCAAUCAUGUGGAUCAAGGAACACUUCAUGUACGUUUUGCUACACGGGUGACCGGUCCUGUUAUAGGGAUGAAACCGAGCAAAGGGUCUCGGCCAUUAUUGGCGGUAUUUUUUUUGAAACAAGCAUCAACGACGUCGAAGUCAUAGAGCAAAGUGGUCAUUGUAAACCGGGUUUAGUAGAAGACACUCCACCCGAGUGGGUACGAUGGGGCCAUGCUUCGGCAACCGUGGGCUCCUCCUUAUACGUGUGUGGUGGGCGUGACAAUUUCGAAAUCAAAAACUCGUGCCUGAGAUAUGACAUUGUACGUCGCGUAUGGGAAAAUGACGUAUCACCCAUGAAAUUCAGCCGCCAGGGGGCCAAAGCGGUGGAGGCUUACGGGGAACUCUACAUUAUGGGUGGGCACAAUGGCACUCACGCUUUGAGUUCGGUCGAGAUCUUCAACUACGAGGAUGGCACUUGGCGUCAACUGGACGUACCUAUGAUCCACCCACGUGCUGAUCAUUGUACUGCAACCCAUGAAGAUGGAAUCUACGCCUUAGGAGGUCGAUCCCUUCCCGACUCGGGUCUCGUGGCAUCUAUGGAAGUCUUCAAUAUCACCACUGGCCAAUGGUCAGAGCUCAAACCCCCAAAUCUCACGCGGGCAGACCACUCAUGUGCGUUCAUGGAAAAUGGGCUUUUAGUAGCAGGAGGGAGAGACUUGUCGGGCAAUAAUAUUGGAACUGUGGACUUCUUCAACUUGACCAAUCACCAAUGGCAGCCCAUGGCCGAGAUGGUCAUCGAACGUUACGCAUUUGGUCUGACCGUGAUGAAUGACAGUGCAACAGCAGUGGGUGGACACAAUGGCGUGACGGCACUCAAAAGUGCCGAGCAAUACUCCAUGGGCAUGAAUGAAUGGAGACUGUUGGAGUUGGAAUUAGACAAUGCCCGAUCAGAGUUUUCAAUUACCGGGAUUCCCCUGAGCUUACUUCCGGAAGGGUGCUAACUAAUGAGAUGGAAGUCGCAAUGUCAACGGGAUUUGCAUGUCCUUACCUACCAACCAACCGGCCUUUAGAGCGGUGCUUCAAAAUAUAGCUAAUUUUUUCACAAUA